AUGUCUGCUCCCGUAUCUGGGUUCGCCACCGUCCCUCAGUCCUCCGCUAAACAUCCACCCAUCCUCACUCUGGGCAAGAUCACUCCCGCCAUUGCCCAUACAUGGGAGAAUGCUUGCCUGCAGUAUUUUAAGCACAACGAUGUCACCAAUGACAAGAAGGUGGCCAAAGUGAUGGGUGGAUUCCAAGACGCUAUCAUCAGCAAUUGA